UUAUUCAUUUGGAGACGGUUGCUUUUUGGUGAAGUACAGAAUUAUUUUGGACAGAAACAAUGGAGUACAUUUUAGUGGUGAAGUUACGAACCUCUAAAAUCUACUGAAUCAACUGUGAACUCAAGAUGAACCAACUACCAGUCGAGGUGUGCGAAGAAAUCUUCAAAAACCUAAACCUGCAAGGCGUACUAUCAGCUCGUCGCACAUGUCGCCGCUGGAGGCAGAUCGUCGACGGAAGUCCGGCCAUGAUGAGGCGGAUUCAUCUCAAACCACCACUAAGCCUAAUGGACCGCGGCUUGAAACCGAUCUGCUCGAUACCGGCACGCGGGUUGACCCUAAAGGAUACAACCGUACUGACCAUCGAUUCGUGGUGGGAAUUCAUCGGGUCAGAGUUGACUUUUUUGAGGUUAGACAAUUGUGUAAUUUCGACUGAAACGUUGGUAGCCCUGCUGGGUAAAACGUCAAACUUGGGAUUUUUAAGCUACGCUUGUGACAAUGAUGUUGCUGAAACUGAAUGUGACUUUACAUUGGAUAAGUUGGAGCAGCUUGAAGUGUACAGUGCGCAAACACAAAUUUUGGAUAUUUUCGAUCGCAUUUGUCCGCGGCUGAAGCAGUUCCGGUUUGGUCAGUCACAAAACGGUCGAAAGUUGGGCGAGUUCCUUCAGAAAAAGAAAAGCUCACUUGAAAUUGUCCAACUGAUUUCCGUUGAAAAUAUUUUGGAUGAUGUGAUGCAGUUGAAGGCACUGACAAGUUUGGAUGUUCAGGCUGACUUGUUUAGAAAUGAGACUUUGGAACAAAUUGGUGCAGCACUUCCAACCCUAAGCAACCUCAGAGUGACACUACAAUGGCAGUCGUCAACCCUUUCGCCAACAUUUCUCAACCACAUGCCCGGGCUCAAAUCUCUGACAAUCUUUGGACAGUAUCGUCAGAAUAGCCCCGUACUCGCUGACUUUGGCGAUCUCGAAGGGCUCACCAAGCUCAAAAAGCUUCAUCUUACUCGCGUACAACCUCUCAACUUGAAAUUUUGUUUGCAAAAAUCUGGCCACUUUGACGAUUUGACGCUUCACUACUGUCAUUUCAAUGACUGGUUUGAAAUUUUCAAUUUAUUUGCCUCAUUGCAAUAUCUGGAAAGUUUGGACUUUGGAAAGAUUAGAACUCCUACCGCUGAUAUUAUAGUGUCCGACUUUUUUAGAAACUUAAAAUAUCUCAAAAUAGCGCAUUGUUAUCUGUCUAUAGAGACUUUAAAAUCAUUCACGGAGCACUGUGAAAACUUGGUGGAAGUUGAUUUUAAUUUCAAAUAUGUUCUCGAUGGAGAAACUGUGCGGAGUUUGUGUCGCACUUGGAAGAAGUCUGAACAAGUUGACAUUAGCAAGCUAUAUGAUUGUUGACUAUUCGGUUAAUA